GGCACAGAGCUGUGUUUUGUUUGAAGCUGGACUAUAGGCGAGGAAGGAUUUCUCCUCUCUGUCUCUCUGCAUCCCGUUUGUUGUCCUUACGUUGGAGAGACUAUUACUGUACGGACUAAAACGAGGUGCAAAUUAUAAACAGACGUGUCUGAUUUGGUAGCGGAUGGGAUUUCUAUUUCAGAGAAUGAUUGGAGGAUGGCUAAAUCUGAUCUGACGUUAAGACCUCAAUUAAGCGAUGCCUGGGAUUCCACCAGCUGCUGCUCCAUGCUGUGUAGAAAGARACCCAUAAUACAGGAAGUUCUGCUCCUUUAAUAACAACACACCGACCGUCUCCUAGCAUGAUGCCUCCACGCAAAGCAGGCGCCCUGCCGGAGCCCUCCCCCUCUGCCUCUGCCUCUCCCUCUCUCAGCCUGAGGAGGAUCCAGGUUCGAUGGGCCUUGUACCUCUUCCUCUCCCUGGCCCUCCUCUGGUUCCCGUCUGGGGCGGUAGCCUCAACCCUCAACUGCCACAAGACCUGCAUCUGUGCCAGUAACAUCGUGAGCUGUUCCAAGAUGAACCUGACAACGGUGCCGACUGGCCUGCCUCUCUACACGGCCGUCCUGGACCUCAGCUACAACGACGUCUCCCGACUGAGGGCUGAGUGGACCACGGUGAAACUCACCAAACUCCACAACCUCCUACUCAGUCACAACGGCCUUCACUUCCUCUCCUCYGAGGCCUUCGUCUACGUCAAACACCUGCGCUACCUGGACCUGUCCUCCAACAACCUGCGACAGCUGGACGAGUUCAUCUUCGAACCGCUGGGGCAGCUGGAGGUGAGAGACAGAGGGACACCCUCUCCAUGGUCCCCUCACAUCGCUGGGUUUCACUUCCCGAUUCUGCCCAAGCUCCCUGGGGUCGAUGAAAGCACGGCCUGGAGUCAGGUCCCCCCCAUCGCGGAGCUGCAGGUGCUGCCUGCCUGGAUAAAAAACGGUCUCUACUUCCACAACAACCCUCUGAUCUGUGACUGUAGCCUUUAUAGUCUCCUGGCCCACUGGCACAUCCUCCGGCUCAACUCAGCCCUGGACUUUAAAGAUGAGUACAGCUGCUAUCUCCCCGGGMCCCAGAAAAGCAAGGUGGGGGUCUUCGACCUGAACAGAGACUAUAUGAACUGUAGUACGUUCCACGAGGCGGACCAGGAAGCUUGGCUGGAACAGACUCUGAUCUUGCGCUGUGAUACUAAACACAGAGAUCUGUCUAAGACCUGGGUGAUGCCUGGUGAUGUARUGGUGACGGAGGGGUUUAAUCAGACAGCCAAGGUGCUUCCUGACGGUAGUCUCCAGAUCGGCCCGGUGAAGCCGGACGACUCGGGGACGUAUACGUGCUAUGCUGUGAGCGAAGCCCUCAACGAGACGCUCUACGUGCUGCUCAAGGUGCAUAACUUCACGGAGAAGGGAAACGGCGAGAACCUGAAUACGGCCUACACCACCCUGGUGGGCUGCGUGACCAGCGUGGUCCUAGUGUUCAUCUACCUGUUCCUGACCCCCUGCCGAUGCUUCUGCUGCCCCAAGAACAACCACCAGGACUCCUUCCACUCCUCCAUGCUCAGCCAUGAAGACCUGGCCAACAACCCUGACCCAAGGCACGUGGCUUUCAUCGACCCCAAGGAGCUUGGGCAGAACGGGAAGGUGAACCCCAGCGAUAUGGAGGGGGACCAUGGAGAGAUGGAUGAAGAGGGAGGGUUACUGGGGAAGGGAAGGAGGAAGAAGUCUGUGGCUGAGUCUAUUAAUUUGGUCUUCUCUGACACCCCAUAGUUGUCUGAGAUGGUACCUACCGGAGAGCUCGGUGUACGCUGUGACAUGAUUGGAUGGAUCAGUGAUGUAUGUGGUGUGAUUGGAUGAAACUGUGAAUACUUCCUGGAGGUGGGAACUUGGACAGAAAGCCAAUCACAGUUCCCCAAACUGACCAAACUGACCAAUGAGGGGAGUGUUAAACACAUCGCCUUGGUAUCAACAAGGACAAUUGACAAUAGACAGGACCGUUCCAGCAUUUAUUUUGUAGCACUUAAAUAUACAGUACAUACUGUGAAAGCCUGACAGAGUAGUGUAAGAAGACACUGUUCCUUCCUGUGGUACGGUAAUGGUGGAAGAGGAUAUCAUGUUGGACAGUAUCAGUACUCAGGAAGACAUUGACUGGUUGAGAUACAGAGAAUAUGAGACGUGCAGCAUUUUAAACAUUUCAUGAAAGGAUAUAAAAUAGAAAUGAACACGUUUUUGGAAAAUAAAAUAGUUCAUACAUAUGACAUAAUCCAGUCAUGAACAUGAGCCCUGUAGACUGACUCACAUUUCUAUUUACUGAUAGGAGGAGACUAGCGUGAGCGUCUUCUGUUGACGUUAGUACGUACACACGAUAGCUAUACCGGUAGAAAUGGAAUGACUUUAUAUUACUUCCUGACAUGGGUACGUUCAAUAUGGCCGYCAGUCCACCCAUCAUAGAACAUAGACUUGGAUGGGAAUGUCUAUUCUAGUAAUUCUAUUUCUAUGUAUAUACCCCUCCACCCCGACCGACAGGCCGACCGACAGGCCGACCG